UCUUUAGAACCAACCUUGACAAGUUUACAAAAAUAUUGGUUAGUCACGAUAUAAGGGUUAUAUACUAGUAAUUGUCCUCUGUGAAAAAUCACAGCAGGUUCGAGAUAAGAUUUGUUUCUGCUAUAAAAGGGCUUGUGAUUUGUCGCAGUUACACCACUAUUAUACGUGAACCAUGCUCAGAUAUAUUGUUUUCUGUGUUUUAAUUGCCGCUUCAGUGGCGGUAUCCAUCCGCCAGAACAGCCAUCACUGUACAACAGACGCUGAUUGCAAUGACGCGGAUUGUGCUGGGAGUUCCAAUUAUUGCGAACAGGGAAAAUGUCAGUGUCAUGACCAUAAUCAUGGAAAAAGGGCUCAGGAAACCUGUAAGACCGACAUAGAUUGCGCAAAUCAUACAUGUCAUCAUGGAGCACCCCACUGUGAAGUUCAUGACCCGAAUAAUGAACAUGGCCACUGCAACUGCCAUGUACCGCAUAAAAGGGCUCAGGAAACCUGUAAGGUCGACAUAGAUUGCGCAAAUCUUACAUGUCAUCAUGGAGCACCCCACUGUGAAGUUCAUGAUCCGAAUAAUGAACAUGGCCACUUCAACUGCCAUGUACCGCAUAAAAGGGCUCAGGAAACCUGUAAGGUAGACACAGAUUGCGCAAAUCAUACAUGUCAUCAUGGAGCACCCCACUGUGAAAUUCAUGACCCGAACGGUGAACAUGGCCACUGCAACUGCCAUGUACCGCAGAAAAGGGCUCAGGAAACCUGUAAGACCGACACAGACUGCGCAAGUCAUACAUGUCAUCAUGGAGCACCCCACUGUGAAAUUCAUGACCCGAACGGUGAACAUGGCCACUGCAACUGCCAUGUACCGCAUAAAAGGGCUCAGGAAACCUGUAAGGUAGACACAGAUUGCGCAAAUCAUACAUGUCAUCAUGGAGCACCCCACUGUGAAAUUCAUGACCCGAACGGUGAACAUGGCCACUGCAACUGCCAUGUACCGCAUAAAAGGGCUCAGGAAACCUGUAAGGUAGACACAGAUUGCGCAAGUCAUACAUGUCAUCAUGGAGCACCCCACUGUGAAAUUCAUGACCCGAACGGUGAGCAUGGCCACUGCAACUGCCAUGUACCGAAUAAAAGGGCUGGGAAACUAUGCACAGUAGACAGCGACUGUGCUAGUAUUACAUGUCAUCAUGGAGCACCUCACUCUGAAGUCCAUGACCCGAACAAUGCACACGGACACUGUAACUGCCAUGUCCCACAUAAGAGGGCUGGUGAACAAUGUACGACUGAUAGCGAUUGCACUGGUACUACAUGUCAUCACGGAGCACCUCAUUGUGAAGUCCAUGACCCGAGCCAUGAGCAUGGACACUGCAACUGCCAUAGCAAAUAAGAUUGAAAGCGUUUCAUAUGGUGCAGAGAAGACGUUUGAGUAUGUUGUUAUUUAUUUCAAAUUAAUGCAUACAAUGUUUAUUAUGAAUACAUAACUUCAAAAAAAUCGUUUGUUUGUUUUCAUUUAAAG